UCGAGCAUAUAUUAAUGCGUAAAGCCGCGGUGAGGCUAGCUGUCUCUCUGCAGCAUCAGAGACUGGGAAGUAACUGUGAGGUGGAAUAUUUAUCCAAGUAAUCACUGUAUAACUCCACUCUUCGGAUAUUUUUUCCAGAUCAUAUUAAGCAAUCGUUCUUACGUUUUGUUUGCAGCUGAGAAACCGACACUUGCUGAGCGCUGUACAAAAAGAGGCAUUAUUGGUUUGGCUUUAAAGUACUUCUUUGAUAUAUUGCUUCUUUUUUUUUACAGGCGACACAAAUUAGAUGUUAGUGACUUUUCAUGAAGAAGACCGUUUUCUUGCACUUUUUCUUUUAAAAAAUAAAAGCAGGGCUUUUUGGACACUCCAAGCGUACGCGCUCGUGACAAACAAACUGAACCGCUUCUCACGCGCCGCAGCUAUGAUCGCGCUCUUUACUGCGCUCCUGUGCGCUCGCGCGCUGGCUGCUGGAAACCUUGCGGUUGCUGAUGGCCAGCCUCAGGGCGAGCGUUUCGUGUGCACCGCCGUGCCUGCGGGCGCCGACCUCAGUUGCCCGGUGGACACGGAUAACCGCGUGCAGAGCGCGAGUCCGCAGGAGGACGAGUUCAGGAGCACGAUCGUGCAGCUCCGGGAGACCGUGCUGCAGCAAAGGGGGACCAUUGCGAGUCAGCAGGGCACCAUUAAGGAACUCAACUCCAAACUUUCGCGCUGCGAGGCCGCGGCGCAAGACGCGCGAGACAGCAAGUGGCGUGGAGGCGCGCGCAGAAAGGACUUCGGUAAGAACACCAUGGGCGAUCUGCCGCGCGACCCCGUGGAAACCAUCGAGCAGCUGGGCAAGACCAUGCAAGGGCUGAAGGACCGGCUGGAAAACUUAGAGCAGCAGCUGCAUGCCAAUGCAUCUGGUGCGCCGUUCCCCAACGAGCUGCGUGACCUGCUAAAGCGGCGGCUGGGGGACCUCGAGAGCCAAUUGCUGAGAAGAGUAGCAGAGCUUGAGGAGGAAAAGACACAGCUAUACAAUGAGACAAUAGCCCACCGGCAGCACACAGAGAACACACUCAACUCGCUGCUGGAGAGGAUCACAGAGCUGGAGAGAAGUAACAGCGCAUUUAAAUCCCCAGAGGACUUCAAGGUUUCCCUGCCCCUGCGCACAAACUACCUCUAUGGCCGCAUCAAGAAGAGCCUACCAGAAAUGUACGCCUUCACCAUGUGCAUGUGGCUCAAGUCCAGCGCUAGUCCUGGAAUUGGAACGCCAUUCUCCUAUGGAGUCCCUGGGCAAGCUAAUGAGAUUGUGCUAAUAGAAUGGGGUAACAAUCCCAUCGAGCUACUUGUCAAUGACAAGGUGGCUCAGCUGCCUUUAUCAGUAGGCGACGGGCGAUGGCAUCAUAUCUGUAUUACCUGGACGACCAGAGAUGGCUUCUGGGAGGCCUAUCAGGAUGGCGAGAGGCUAGGCACUGGGGAGAACUUGGCCCCAUGGCACCCAAUUAAACCUGGAGGUGUGAUCAUACUGGGCCAAGAACAGGAUAUUGUAGGGGGAAGGUUUGAUGCCACACAGGCUUUCGUAGGAGAGCUAAGCCACUUCAACAUGUGGGAUCGGGUUCUCCGCCCCACAGACAUCUCUGGCAUGGCUAACUGCUCGGCCUACAUGCCUGGCAACGUAGUGCCCUGGAUAGACGCCAAUGUCGAGGUCUUCGGAGGAGCUACAAAAGCAGCACUGGAGAUAUGCGAGGACCGUCUUUUUGACUCAUAAAACUGACCCUUCCUAUAUGGAUCCAAUAUUAUUUUUCAGAGGUAAAACACCUCACCAUGCUGCUUUGGGACCAUUGUGGAGAGACAGUCGUUUUAUGAAACAGUAUUCACUGUGCUUAUAUCAUUCUCUCUGGUGGACUUCUCCUCUGUUUUGCUGUUUCUUUUUGUUGUCAACAAGGUCAAUGAUCGAAGUUAUUGUGGUGUGUGAAAUGUGUGAAAAAAAAAAGAAAAAGAAAAGAAAAACAUUCUGAACAUUCCAGUUAAAAAAUAUUUGAACAUGUACAAGCUUAAGCUUCUUGUCAAUGUUAGAUAUGUUUUUGUGUUGCACACGACUUAAAAAAAAGUAUAAAAAAAAAAGCAUAGAAUUUAUUCUGAGCAGAGGAAUCACUGGAGAGUGGAGUGCUGCUGUAUGAUCGAACUGCAUGAAGGCUUACAUUUGAAUUCAUUUUAAUGUCCUGUAUUUGUAGAAACAAGCAUUUAAUGCACCUUCAGUAAACAGGGCUUGAGCGGAAGCACUCCGCUCUUUAUAACAUGCAUGAAUGAAAAAUUCUGUUCAAAUAUGCAAAGCUCUCUACGCACCCAAAUGUGACAGGAUACAAUCGAUCAGGAGCUUAGUGGAAGGGUGCAUACGCUUUCUAGAGCGUUCUCUGGAGGAUAUGGAAAGGGAGAGAUGUUGAAGAAUAUUUCAAAGAAUGUUCACCUUCGAUUGUUUUUCAAAAUACUAGCUUUAUGAAUAAAACUGUCACAGAAACUUUUUAUACAUUUUUAUAAAUGGGUUUUUGUCAAGGAAGAUGAGUCUGACUUGAACCAGAAUAACUGUGUAGCCCGUAAUUCUGUUUGUGGUCUUCGGAAAUUCCAGACCCUCUUUAAAUAGCUAUGAUGAUAAACAUAAGAAGGUUGUGUCAGAUGGAAACGUAAUUAUAUCAGAAUUAAAGGCAAACUUUGAUUUUCUGUACAUUUACAUUAAAAUUGAACGUUUUUUUUUGGGGGGGGGGGGUUGCUUAUGUUUGUAUUUAUUUUAAUUUCGUUACAUUUAUUUAAUGUUAUUUAACGUUACGUUUCUACGUCUCACAAUUAUGUUUGAUGAUCAUUUUCAGAUUUCGUCACCUCCGUGAACCUCUAUAUGCACUUCUACUUUGCAGCAAAUAAGAGGAUUAAGUCAUUGAUUAUUUUUCUGUAUACUGGGGCUUAAUUGGGAGCAAAGAAAGUAAACUAGAUGAAAAUAAAGAGCUGAUUUGUAAAUUCUUAUUAUUUUAUUACAUUAUGAAAUAGUAAUGCACUGGGGUCUCUGUUUACCCCCAAACAAUGAGCAAGCAAGAGAAAUCUCAACUCAACAUAGCUGGUAGUCUGCUAGAGGAGAUGGAUGUGGAUAUAAAAAACACUUGUUUAAUGAUGUACAAAGCACCGAAAAAAAAAGAAAAAAAAUCCAAUAAGCUUUUUUUGUGGUGAUAUAAAAGAAGUAUUGAUGGAUUUUAAUGAAAUAGAGGUUGCUUGCAUUCUCUUCCUUUACGACGACAGCUAGGUUGAAUGCAUUAUCCCCUCAAAAGCUGAAAGAGCACCAUGCAUUAUUUUUGUACAGAGUCCAUUAACGCUUGCUCGUUUUAGAGUAUUUAUUGAACUGUACAGUGAUGCUUCAAUAAAGCUGUGCAAUAGCUACGCCGUGUGAGAGUUUAAUGUAUACCGAGCUUUCUGUCAGGUUUUCUACAUGCUUUUGUGGCCUACUACACCACUAGGACCUGCCAGGCCUCUAAUGGAUCUGUGUUCAAAUGUAGGAAGGAUGGUUGGAUGUGGAUGUGUUUAUAUGCUGUAGAGCGAAAAAGUAAGCCGUCACGUUUGCUUCUUAUGCGGUAAGCAAGCAGAAAGUAGUUUUUUUUUUGUUGUUGUUGCCACUUGCUGGCCCGUGUCCUUUAAGAAUGAGAGAAUACUGGUAUAAAAUAAUGCAGAUGGUUUGGAGAUGUUUUUUCUUUUGGUUACUGAAUGUGUGAGCAUUUUCAUUUGAACAACUGACUCUGUUGUCAGUGAACAAAGCUAUUAUCACUGUGUAUGGAAAAAAUGAUGAAACGUAAAGAUUUAUGUCAUUUAUGUUAUAUCUGUUUUGACUAAUUAUCUGUUUUUUUGUUGCUGUUGUUGUUUUUUAUUUCUGGAAAACUGAACGGCCUUUUCUGAGCACCACCGCUUUCUUAGUUUUGUCAAGGAUUUUGUCAAGGAUCAGUCUUUAUUUCCUGAUAUGGAACAACACACAAUUCAGUGUUGAAAUGUGGUUGAAUAUCCUUUUGCA